UGACAACAGCCUAACAAUGACAUGAAGCAGCCUAGGCAAACAAGUGUUUAUCUAAAUAGAAGCCAGUGCGCCAAAAACAUCGUCACUAUUCUUCUAUUAUAAUUAAACUAUGGUCCAUUUUCUUGUGACGUUCUCCAAAAACGGCUGUAUUGGCAUACCUGUGAAGUUUUUAUGCUGUUGUUGUUAUGGUUGACAACGCGGUGCCUCGUUGAGUAGUUUGGCGCUGAAAUGAACUGUCGCUCUAAAGGCGCGCACUCCUGGCGCUCGUCGCACCUGACGACAAACGGUCGCGCUGUCACGUCACUCACUUCAGCUCUGACUCUGAGCACAAACUGAACAUCACGCUAUGCAGACCUGCUUCUACACUCCGCUGCCCUGUCUGAUGCAGGAUAAUGCAGUGACUCCAGUCAACCAGUCUUAUAAUGAAGACCUUCUGAGCUUUGCCACAGGGGAGUAUCAAUCCACAGAAACACAUUUAAUGACACAUGAAGUGUCCAACCACACAGAUCUGGAUCUCUCUUUAGAGCUCAACAGACAGCUUCAUGCCACACUCAGGAGAAAGCAAGAGGAAAUAUCUGCCCUAAAGGAGACCAAUGCUCACCUGAAAAACCUGACUAAACAGACUGAAUAUUACGCCACAAUACUAGAUGCCCUGACAACAUCGUUCCAGACAGACUCGCUGUCACAGUGCACUAAUGAGUGGCUGAAUGAAGAUCAUUCUCCAGAGCACUCCUGGAUCUCUCUGCUGACUCAAGAGCAGCCAUCAGAUCCAUCUUCCACAGCUUUAACUAACUCCAGCGCUGACACACAGAGCCCAGCAUCAGAGGUCAAGCAGCAUCUGUGGUCCAGCUGGAUUGACCUUCUGUGUGGAGAUGCUGAGGACUGUCCUACAGGCUCUAAGCGAAUCAGGUUUGAUAAUGAACUUGAACAGCUUGAUUUGAAGGCCCAGGAUCAAAUGGUUCCUGAGGAUGUAACUAAAGAGUCAACCUUGGCUCAGGAUCAUCACCUUACGAUGUCCUCUGAAAGGCAGAGGGUGAACAUAUUUGGGGCUUUUAAUGGGUUUCAGGUUUUUACUGAAACCUCAACAGUCAAGUCUGAUAUAAACAUCAGCAGCGAUGGUGGGAAAGGUUUGUGUUUUAAGACCUCAAUCAGAGACCAUAGUACAGUAAAGACCAAGGUUUUCCCACAUGGCAAGGCAUUCACCUCUCACACACUAAGUGGAUCCUGUCGGUUCCUUUGGGUUCCUAAUGAGAGCUGAACCUAGGUGACUCGAAUUGUUGAGUGAGUUGAAAAACUAACAGCAUUUCAUGUAGAGCCAAGGUGUUUUGUCCAGCUAAGACCAACCAAAGUACUUCAUGUCCUGUAAUCAUGACACAUCAUUAUGUGUACAUAAACAUGAGUCACAUGACCUUCUCUGUGAAGAUGCUAAAGCUCAGGCUUGAUAAUAACGUUGUACAACUAGAUGUGAAAUAUCUGAAGAGCCAGGCUUUUAUUUGACCUAAGAUUGUUUCAGUACAAUCUUUAAAAGUUAUCUCACAGGCUCUUCCAUGGAGCAUCCAUAGAACCAUUUCACUCAUUUAAAUGGAAAAAGGUACUUCAGAUUAGAUUCAGAGUAGGACAAAAAAUAGAACCCCCGACAGGUUUUGUGAAAACGCAUACAAAUGCCUUAAACUCGGAGGUGUUGGAUGAAAAAUACAGACUGUGGAAUGAGUUUUUAACAGAAAUAUUCUGUAGGUUAAAUUUAUGAAUG